AUGAGAGACAAGAAGAUGCGUGCCAAGCUCAAACUACCUCACAUUAGAGAGUGUGAACACAUGAAAACCCAAGUAGACAGUACGUUUGACAGCAUGUGUGUGAAGCAGCCUAUAGGCAAACGCCUGUUUCAGCAGUAUCUAGACAGUGAUGCCAGCCAUAAGAACGCUGGGGAGCUGUGGAAAGACAUAGAAGAUUACAUCAUUUCUCAGGAAAAGGACAGACAGCAGAAGGCCCAAAAAAUUGUAAAUACAUUUUAUGAGUCCAAGUCCAAGAGUUUUUGCAGUUUCCUGGAGGAAAAGGCUGUGACCCGAGUGAAAGAAGAUCACAAAAAUGUGCAUGGAGACCUAUUCAAGGAAAGCCAGCAGCAGCUCCUGAAGCAUCUGGAGAAGAGUGCUCUGGCAGGAUUCAAGAACAGCAUGUACUUCCUACGCUACGUUCAGUUCAAAUGGCUGGAGGGACAGCCUGUCAAUGAGGAAUGGUUUAUGGACUUUAGGGUGCUGGGGAAAGGAGGUUUUGGAGAGGUAUUUGCUUGUCAAGCAAAAGCAACAGGCAAGAUGUAUGCAAACAAAAAGCUGGAUAAAAAGCGCCUGAAGAAACGCAAAGGCUAUGAUGGCGCGAUGGUGGAGAAGAGGAUCCUAGCUAAAGUACACAGUCGCUUCAUUGUGACUCUGGCUUAUGCUUUCCAAACCAAGACUGAGCUCUGCUUAGUCAUGACCAUCAUGAAUGGAGGCGAUCUCAGAUUUCACAUGUACAAUGUUGAUGAGAAAAACCCUGGCUUCGAUGAGAAGAGGGCCUGCUACUACACCAGUCAGAUCAUCUGUGGCCUGGAGCACCUGCACCAGCACAGAAUCGUUUACAGAGACCUCAAACCUGAGAAUGUCCUGCUCGAUGACGCAGGACAUGUGCGUCUGUCAGAUCUGGGUCUGGCUGUUGAACUCCCCACAGGAAAAGACAAAACUACCGGAUAUGCAGGAACCCCUGGCUUUAUGGCUCCAGAGCUGCUCCAGAAGAAGGAGUAUGACUACUGCGUGGACUACUUUACUCUGGGAGUCACACUGUAUGAAAUGAUUGCUGCCAAAGGACCAUUCAGAAUAAGAGGAGAAAAGGUUGAAAAUGAAGAAGUGGCUCGGAGAAUCAUCAAUGACCCUGUCAAUUACACUUCCGCAUUCAGCAAAGAGUGCAAAGACCUUUGUGAAGGUCUGAUGAUGAAAGAUGUAACAAACCGACUUGGAUUCAAAAACAAAGAGUGUGCAGAACUCAAGAGUCAGCCCUUCUUUAAGGACAUUAACUGGGGUCGCCUGGAGGCAGGCAUGCUUCCUCCACCAUUUGUUCCGGACCCAAAAAUGGUCUAUGCCAAAGACAUUGAUGACGUGGGGGCGUUCAGCUCCAUCAAAGGCAUCGUCAUAGACAACAAGGAUAAUGAUUUCUUUACUGAAUUUUCAUCGGGGAACAUCCCCAUUCCCUGGCAGGAGGAGAUGAUCGAGACCGGAGUGUUUGGAGAGCUCAAUAUCUGGGCAGAGAAUGGGAAACUCCCCAACGACCUCGACCCAAACUAUGUAGAAGCUAAGGGUGGUGGAUGUGUCAUGUUUUGA